UGCAGAGCAGAGCCGCAGCUCUGUGUUCGCUCUGCGGGCUGAAACACGGGAUGACCGCGGUCUGCUGCUCCUCCUGAACCCCCCCAUCUCUCCCGCUGCUUCAUGUAUCACUCCUCCGGGCCCGGCUGCUGACUCGGAUAAGCAGCAGCAGCAGAAGAAGAAGUAGAAGAAGAAGAAGCAGAAGAAGAAGCAGGCAGAUCUUCAAACUGGAUGCAAUUAUCGUCACACUUGUUUUUGAUCUGUUGCUGCGCUGCAGUGAGUGAAACCUGGCGCUAUGACCCCCUCCAUGAAGAGUUUGCUCUGGAUGAUGUUUCUGUUCCCCUCUCUCAGAUGUGAAGGGGAUCUGGGUCUGGCGGUGGAUGCAGACGGAGUCGCUGAAGCUCAGAGUGGAGCGGCUCCCACAGCUGACGCUCCUUCCGGACACUUCCUAGAGUUCCAGGAGCCGGUGAACAACAUCACGCACUUCCAGGGCCAGACGGCUACGCUGCACUGCAAGGUGACGGGAUACCCCCGGCCGUCCAUCCGCUGGCUGAAGAACGACGCCCCGGUGGUCCAGGAGCAGGGACGCAUCACUAUCCGCAAGACCGAUGCCGGGUCCAAGCUGCGCAUCCAGGACCUGGACACCACGGACACCGGCUACUACCAGUGUGUCGCCUCCAACUCCUUCAAGGUCAUCUCUGCCACCGGGGUCUUGUACGUCAAACUAGGACAGAUGCCCACACAUAGCCCGGAUGAAACGCUGACUGAUAAAGGUUUCUGCCAGCCGUACCGAGGCAUUGCCUGCGCUCGCUUCAUUGGCAACCAGAGCAUCUAUGUGGAGUCUCUGCAGAUGCAGGGGGAGAGUGAAAACCGCAUCACAGCUGCCUUCACUAUGAUCGGCACCUCCACCCACCUGUCGGAUCAGUGCUCCCAGUUUGCCAUCCCGUCCUUCUGUUACUCCGUCUUCCCGCUGUGUGACGACGGCUCCCGGACCCCUCGGCGGCGGCAACUCUGUCAGGAUGAGUGCGAGGCCCUGGAGAACGACCUGUGCCACCUGGAGUACAACAUCGCCCGCUCCAACCCCAUGAUCCUCAUGCAGCUGGAGUUGCCCAACUGCCCCCUGCUGCCCCGGCCCGGCACAUCGGAAGCCGCUUCCUGUAUGAGGAUAGGAGUGCCGCAAGAGAAGCUCGGUCCAUAUUCCCCCCCGGACCACAGCUGCUUCAACGGGAGCGGAGACGACUACAGGGGAACGGUCAGCGUCACCAAGUCGGGUCAUCACUGCCAGCUGUGGAGCGCCCAGUACCCCCACAGCCACCACCUGUCCCAGGAAUACCCCGAUCUCUGGGGGAGUCACAACUUUUGCCGUAACCCAGGGGGGCAGAUGCAGGCACCCUGGUGCUUCACGCUGGACCCUCAGGUCAGGGUGGACCUGUGUGACAUCCAGCCCUGCAAUUCUCCGCAGAACCCGAGGAAGGAGAUCCUGUUUAUUCUCAUCCCGGCCAUUGCCAUCCCAUUGGUCAUCGCUUGCCUCUUCUUUCUGGUCUGCCUGUGUCGCAAUAAGCAAAAGGAGUCAACGGACACACUCCUCCGCUGCCAGCUGAGCGGCUCACCCAGCCCGGACAUGGAGCUGUCCCUGAUCAGUCAGCAGAAACACCAGGCCAAGCUGCGGGAGAUCAACAUGUCGGCGGUGCGCUUCACAGAGGAGCUGGGCGAGGACCGUUUCGGGAAGGUGUACAAGGGUCACAUGUACGGCACCGUACCCGGAGAGCAGACCCAGGUGGUGGCCGUCAAAACGCUGAAGGACAAGGUGGAUGCCACUCUCUGCGAGGAGUUCCGCCACGAAGCCAUGAUCCGCUCUCACAUACAGCACCAGAACGUCGUGUGUCUGCUGGGCGUGGUCACCAAGGAGCAGCCCAUGAACAUGGUGUUCAGCUAUUCGGGGCUCGGGGACCUGCAUGAGUAUCUGGUGAUGCGCUCGCCCAACUCAGACGUCGGCAGCUCGGACGAUGACAAGACGGUGAAGUCCACGCUGGAGCAGGCGGACUUCCUGCACAUCAUCACACAGGUGGCUGCAGGAAUGGAGUACCUGUCCAGCCAGCAGGUAGUCCAUAAGGACCUUGCUGCCAGAAACAUUCUGGUCUUUGACAAGCUGAGCAUCAAGAUCCUGGAUCUGGGUUUAAUCAGAGACGUCUACUCCGCUGAUUACUACAACCUCAUGGGCACGAGCCCUUUCCCCAUUCGCUGGAUGGCCCCGGAAGCUAUCAUGUACGGAAAGCUCUCCACCGACUCCGACAUCUGGUCCUACGGUGUCCUGCUGUGGGAGACUUUCAGUUAUGGUCUGCAGCCGCACUGUGGCUACUCCAACCAGGACGUGAUCGAGAUGGUGCGCAGCCACCAGCUCCUGCCCUGUCCAGACGACUGCCCCUCCUGGAUCUACACCCUCAUGCUGGAGUGUUGGAGUGAGUUCCAGGCAAGAAGGCCUCGCUUCAAGGACAUCCACACACGCCUGCGCUCGUGGGAAAACCUGGCCAACUACAACAGCUCUGCUCAGACUUCUGGCACCAGCAACACCACCCAGACCAGCUCUCUGAGCACCAGCCCUGUGAGCAACAUCAGCAUGAGCACAGCAAACGCAUCGCGCUACGCCAGCCCGAAGAAGAGCUUGCCUUUCCAUCAGCCCCAUUUCAUGCCCAUGAAGGGUCAGAUGCACCGGCCGAUGGUGCCCCAGCAGCUCUACAUCCCCGUCAACGGAUAUCACCCCAUGCCAGCCUACCCAUACAUGCAGAACUUUUACCCCAUGCAAAUACCUAUGCCCAUCCCCCACCAGCAGAUGCACCACCAGCCGCAGAUGGUGAGCAAAGCCGGGUCUCACCACAGCGGCAGUGGAUCCACGUCCACGGGCUAUGUCACCACCGCCCCGUCCAACACCUCCGUCACAGAGAGAGCCGCUCUGCUCAACGAGGACUCCAAGACCAACGACGAGGACUUGGCCGACGGGGCGUCGCAGGAAGCGCUAGACCAGAACAAGGACUUGAUAGUGCCUGAGACAGAGCUGCUAGGCGACAGUGACCCCACACAGACUGACGAACUGGUGAUACACCUGUCAGACACAUAGGCGCGGCGCUCUCUGAAGCAGAGAAGAGCGGAGAUAUCCUGCCGAGUAUCCAAUAAGCAGCGUGAAGUGAAGUGAGCGGUUCUGCAGAGACUGAAUGUUUUUUAUACGUUUCUUUGACAGUUCUGAUGCAUUUGAAAGGUCAAGUGUGUCUCAGGUUUGCACCCGUCAAACUAACGUGUCAAGCUAAGUAAAGUCAUGCAACCUUUUUCUAUAGUGUUGAUAUUCAGAGGAAUUUAUGUACUUGCCGUUGCUGUGCAACACAGAACUUUUUCUUACUCACAACUUCUUCAUGGGCGACACGUCUUGCCUUAUCUGAUGCACAAGGCCGUUCACUGCGAGGCGAUAAAGACCCCCCUCCAACUUCAGAUAUCACACCCCUCUAUCAAGCAUCCAUCCCUACAAGAAGGAGCAGGAAGAGGAGGAAUCCCACCCACUUACAAUGCCAUUUGUGUAAGAAAGAGGUGACUUUCUAAGGACCAUUUUCUUUGUUUUUUAGGUUAUUAUUCCAUGGUUUUUCGAACCGUAGAACACUGAAUGUAUAAUGAGUAGACGUGCUUUAGGAAAAAUCCACCUUUGGGUAACCUUGCUCACAGCUACACUCACUGGGAUGCAUUUUGGAUCGAACAGCAUCAUUUUUUUGUUCCCACAGGACCUCUCUUUGAUAAUCAAACAAUUUGUACAGAUUUGUAAUUUAUGUACUUUGGUUUCGGACAUUUUUAUUUGUUUAUAAUUUUUCUACUACGCCUCGUGUUGGCACGUCGUUCUUUUCACCACGUUUGCUUUGUUUAAAUAGUUCUUUGCUUACCGUGUAAUGUGUACGUCCAUGAACGGGGUAUCCAAUAAAGUCUCAUACAUCAAA